GGGUCGAGGCGAGCGCUGGGUCUUCAAAGCGCAAGAACUACCGAAGCUGGUUGACUUGGCGUACAGUUCUGUGCUGGAGGGAGACGCUUACCUCAAGUUAGGAUUGCUGUGGGCAGCUGUGGAGCUGUCAGACUGAUUGGAGCGGUUGGUCUCGCUUCACUCCUUGAUGAGGUGCCAGACACUCGAGCCCUAAAGAUGAGCAGGGCACAGCUGGCUUGGUGCCAGUCUCCACUGCCCACCCUCCGAGAGCCUAGUCGCAGCAGCAGCAGUAACCGUAGCAGCAGUAACCGUAGCAGCAGUAACCGUAGCAGCAGUGGCAUCUUCAGACUCAGCAGCACCGCUUCGCAUCCCCAGGCCCACUGAGAGCCACCAAUGCUGUCGGGCAGUUGGCGCCGCUCGGGUCCCGCAGCACUGGGCCGAGGCUCGGUCAGCUCGCCGAUCGGCGGCGGCGGCAACGUGCUGCUGGAGGCCCAGUACGACUACUCGUACCGCGGCGCGGACGGACGCUACGUGGCCAUCCGGGAGGGCGAGCGCUUCCUGCUCCUGAAGAAGACCAACGCCGACUGGUGGCAGGCACGGAGGGUCGGCGCGGGGAUCAAGGGCAAGCCCCUCUACGUGCCGGCCACCUACGUGGUGGAGCUGCCCAUCACCACGCUGCACUCGCCACAGCCCCACACGGGCAGCCUGGACCACAAGGCCUCGGCUAACAAGCUGCAGCCCAGGGCCUCCUUCGGCUCCUUCACACAGGCACAGGCACAUUGCUCAGCACCCAAAACGUUCUGCCGCUCCAUGGAGGAUCUCAACUCCAACGGCGCGGGCUUGAUGGCGGGCUCCGUCGGCGGCCGUUUCCCCACCCUGCCCCUGCCGGUCAACUCCUCGUUCACGUCGCCCUCCGGGCACCUCAUGGUCCCUGGGGGCCAGCCGUGCAGCACCAACUCGGCGUCCAUGCCACGCAGCAAGAGCUCCAGCAAUCUGCCCCAGAACCCGUAUGGGGAGAUGGAGGUGACCCUCAUCGGGCGCGGCACACACGCCACCGGCCCCUCCAAGUCCUACAGCUACUGGGACAUGGCAGUGCCAGAACGCCGCUACAGCCAGCAGGGUUACAGGCCCCAUGGCCUGCUGGAGUCGCCGGGCUACGGCACCUUGCAGACGGAGCGACGGACGCAUCCCGCGCCUCCGAGCCCCCCUCCGGGCCAGCCGCCGCUGCAGGUGCUGGACCAGUGGGAGCAGUACCGGGAUCCCAGCUCGGGCCGCACCUUCUACGUCAACACGGUCACCAAGGAGAGGUCGUGGAAGCCACCGCGCCGGGCCAAAGAACGCCAGCGCGCCCCCAGCCUGGCCUCGCCCAUGCCGAGUCUCCCACGCGACACCACCCACUUGUCUCUUCCUCUGCCAGAAAUGGGCAGCGGCGCCAUGCACAGGCUGGCUCCUGGUUUUAUUCACAAUUCCCGUGAUGCAAAUGGUGGCUGGCAGCUGAGACAGAGCAUGCAGCGCGCCGUUUCCUCUGACACCAUAAACUCCUCCUCUUCCUCCACGGGUGACGCCCAGUGGCGGACCUCCCCACUCUUCGGGGGUCGAGACCAGAUGAGCCACUCCCACUCCAUGAUACUGCCCGAAUCCUCCCCAAACCACAAGUCUGUCCAGCAGCUGAGGGACCAGAUGACCCAUGUGUUGGUGGAGGCCCCAUCACCGCCCAGCUCCCCCGACAGCUUGGACAGCGUGAGCCCAGAACUUGAGAAGGCUGGUUUGCUGAAUAAGACCAAAAUUGCAGAGGGAGGCAGGAAACUGAGGAAGAACUGGAACCCGUCGUGGGUGGUUCUCGUGGGGAACAGCUUGGUGUUCUUUAAAGACCCCAAGACACAAAGCCCUUCCAGCUGGAGACCGGGAAACAGUCGUCCAGAGAGCAGUGUUGACUUGAGGGGAGCUCAGCUACAGUGGGCUGAUUCUCUCUCCAGCAGGAAGAAUGUCUUUAAGCUGAGGACGAUCACAGGCAAUGAGUUCCUGCUCCAGUCAGACACAGAGUCGCUCAUUAAAGAGUGGUACGGCACCAUCCAGAAGGUCAUCAACAGACUGGACCGUGAGAACCCUCUGGAUAACGUGCUGCUGUACUCUAUAAGGAGAGCUGGCAGCGUAGAGAUGCUGGACCACAGUGGAGAUGAGGACGACACAGCUCGCCAUGGGAGCAAGGCUUCACUGCCUCGCUCCAGCUCCAACCUGGAGAACACGGAGAGGAAGCGAGUGCGGAGCCGCCUGAAGAAGCUCAUCCUGAAGAGACCGCCACUGCACACGCUGCAGGAGAAGGGCCUCAUCAAAGACCAGGUGUUUGGCUGCCGGCUGGAGAUGCUGUGUGAGAGGGAGAGCAGCACUGUGCCGCGCUUCGUCAGGAUGUGCAUCGACUCCGUGGACAAGAGAGGGCUGGAGACAGAUGGAAUCUACCGUGUCAGUGGAAAUCUGGCGACCAUCCAGAAGCUGCGUUUUGCUGUCAACCACGAGCGGGCGGUGACCACAGAUGGACGCUACCUCUUUCCACAGGAGUUGGUGCAAGAAGAGAAGCUGAACCUGGAGCAUCCGCAGUGGGAGGACAUCCACGUGGUCACCGGAGCCCUGAAGCUUUUCUUCAGGGAGCUGCCUGAGCCACUCGUCCCCUACGGCUUCUUCCACGACAUCGUCGAGACAGUCAAAAUGUCCGACUAUUUGGAUAAGGUGGACCGUAUGAAAUGCCUGGUGGCCAGCAUGCCUCCCCCCAACCAUGACACUAUGAAGGCCAUGUUUCACCACCUCAAAAGGGUGAUGGAGAACUCCGACUUCAACCGCAUGUCGACCCAGAACAUCGGUAUUGUGUUUGGGCCGACCCUGAUGAGAGCGGAGCAGGACAAUGGGAACAUGGCCAUCAACAUGGUCUACCAGAACCAGGCCGUGGAGGUCAUCCUCAGUGAGUGCGAUCGGAUCUUCGGAACCGAGCCGAUGGGCUCCCACUGACACAGGCUCUGGAGCGCACAAGCACCGCGUGAACACAGCGUGAACACAGCGUGAAGCAGGGACUGGAACAGGACUCUGAGCCAACUCACUGUGAACUUUUUCAAACCCCUUAAGUCCUACAGAAGGUGUGUGUGUGUGUGUGUGUGUGUUUGGGAUGGGCUAGUUUUUUUUUGUUGUUGUUGUUGGACAUUUGCUCUGUGUCCAGCAAACAGUGUGUAGAGUAACGUUGGACUGUUGGACAGUUGGACUGCCGGACCUCUCCUCCAGAUGCUGGGCUGUCUUGAGCUCCUCCGCUCGCCGGUUCUGCUUCCCAGAAGAUGAGAAGAUAAAGAGAAGAUUGUGGAGAAUCACCCGCCACGCAGCCAUCAACAAAUUGUCGUAAAUCGUUGACAGGCAAACAUUUGAUCCCCGCAUAUGUGACGGGUCAUGACUAUGGAGGGAGAAGGUUAGGGAAUUGGACAGUCCCACUCCUCCCAAAGCCCACACCCAGAUCCACAGUCAUGCAUACCAUAUACACUUAUUUAUCCAAAGCAGCCUUUGGGGACAGGGAACAUGUGUGCAUUACGAGCACACGUCCCGCCCUGAGAUACCAAACACAUGACCUUGGCAUGGCUACACAUGACCUUGGCAUGGCUACACAUGACCAGGCACCUUCCUCUAGUGCUAGGGCAACAGGAAGACACACUGUUGGACCAUUUAAUCUACAUGAACGAUCAGAUUUCAACAUAUACAUAUACCCAUAAGCAAUAAUAGCAUUCCGCAAGAAAAUUAGGCAAAUAGGUUGGAAGUAGUUGGAUGAAAAUUCAAGCAGAGGCUUAAAUUGUAUGUCCAGUUGGAGAGAGAGAGAGAGAGAGAGAGAGAGGUUAAUGCUCGUCUUGUCAGACUGUGGAGUGCCUCCCUCUGAAACCCCAAUAUUAUAAUAAUUAUAUAAUUGAUGUAUUCUCGGGGGGAAGGAAUUCUCCCUUCUCUAUCAUUGACUGCGUAAACACUGUGCCAAUCCUAAUGAGUGUUUGACUGCAUUUUAUUUGAGAAAUUACAUCGUUAUUUUUGACAUCGGAAAUGUUACACCAAGUCCAUGUUACGUGAGGUGAAACAGACAUCAAACAAUCGAAAACAUAAAAAGUGACAUAAAGAAGAAAAUAGCAGGAAUGGAUGCUCUUGCCGAAAGAUCGGCUUGACCGUAAACGGCCACUUUAACCGAGGGAUAGGACUAUCAAUGUUUCUAGAGUCCAGGCUUGUCCAAAGGUCUAUGUAAUCCAUCCCUGAGUAGCUUCUGGAACAUUGUUGCUCCUAGUUUAGUGUGUGUGUGUGUGUGUGUGUGUGUGUGUGGGUGUGUGGUGGGAGCUUGCGUGAGAGAUACGGAAAAGUGUGGAGGUAUGUAUGCCACUUAGCGAGAGGGUGGAGUCCGCCCUUACGAUUGGCCCAAACUCUGCUUUUAAUAACAGAACAAAAGAGGAACUAGAAAUGCAUAUGUUUGAGAAAGAGCAGCUUUUUUCCCCCUCCGCGGCUUUGGUAAUUUUAUAUUGACUGUGGCUUUGGCAGGACACAAAAAAGAUCGAGAGAGAAGAAAAGAAGAGAGGAAAGAAGAAAGUGUAGAAGUAUUUUAUGAUUUUUAUAUAUUUAUUCAUUUUUUAUUUUCUUAUUAUUUCAAGUCCCAGGAGUGUG